ACAAUUUUACAAUAUGGCGAAAUCAGAAUUGUCCAGUGCACUUCGGGAUAGAAAUAACGAUCAUAAAUAUAUUUCUGUGUUUUUAUAACUAUCGUUCUUUGUGCAAAAUUCAAUUUCAAAAGCCUGGUGAUAAGUAAAUAAUAAAUUAUAAUUUAAAUCUGUUAAAUUUUGUCGUUAAAAAUGGAGAUAAACAAUGCUGGUGUUAAAGAUGGCGAUGCGACACAAUCAUUAGUGUUGCUUGAAACGCCAUCUAUUAUUGAAAUGCCAAAACUCCAAGCGGAAAAAAAUAUACGGAAGAAAAGACGGCGCGGGAAAACUAAACGAAAAAUUGUGAAACCUUUUAUUAAAAUACCAUGGCAAGAUAGACGUAAUUACGAUAACUCAAAAAGGAAGAAUAAUCGGUUUAGAAAGAUCGUUUUGUCUAAAACUCAAGCGCCAUUCAACAACAAUCAGUUCCUAAUGGAAAUUCAUAAACCAGAGCCUGAAACCGGUAUUCAUACCUUCAGAACUCCUUCAGCUCGUACUAGAGAUUCAAGUUUCAGUGUGGAUUCAGAAGAAAAUUAUUUCUUCUCUUUACCUGAAGAUGAAGAAGAAUUUCUUACUAAAGAGUUUUCAAGUGUUUAUGAGGAUGCCCAAUGUGAACGCUUGUCUGACAUGUCCAAAAAUGAACUCAUUCAAGAAUAUCUCCUAUUGGAAGCAAAAUACGACAAUCUUAUUCGCCGCAGCGAGCGCGUUAAAUGUAAAGAUAAUGAUGAAAAUAAAGAAAUGAUUGACAGUGAUAAAGACAUAUCCUUAACAGAUGGAGAUAGCAUGUCCACUGAUAAAGAUAAUUCAGGCACAUCACUAUUGUGUUGUCCAUCUAAUGAACCAAACACUAGUGAUAUAUUGCAACGUUUAAAAGAACAAGAGGAGCAAAUUCGUGAACUACAAAUUGCCAAUGAAAAGCUUACAAUUGAAAAUAAUAAACUGAGACAAAGACCGCAUAGGUCGAGUGAAGAUUCUGAAAGUGAUAGUUCGUCUUCAUCUGACAGUUGUAGUACAUCUAGCUGCAGCAUGAGCCCGCCAAGAGUGUCUGAGAUUGUAAAUGGUGAUGUUACGGUGAAUGGAGUAGUUCAAGUGAAUGGUGUUGCUCAUGAUGACAGUCCAGAACCUACUUAUCCACCACUUGUGAAUGGCUUCCAUAGUCCUAAAGAUUAAAUUAACAUUAAUUUAAGGAAUUAUCAACAUCCACAUAAUAUUUACCAGUUCAUGAUUUUUUUUAAGGCUGCUAAAGCAAUAAUAGUAAUCUACAUAGCAUGUUUAAAAAGUGGUCUUAAAUUGUUUGACCUGUUUAAUCCACCAUUAAAAAACAAUAAUAAGUUUUUUGUUAUAAAAUUUUUCAUUUAAUACUUAGUUAACUUUUUAUGCAUAAUCUGUAUUUAAAUUAUAGUUUAUAAAUUUCUUUUUUAAAUUCAAGUGUUCUGUGAUAUCCAAAUGGAUAUUUUGUUAAUAGUAAAAGUAGUAAGUAGCUGUAGAUGUAAAUGUUUCCAAAUUGAGGAUCUCACUAUUUAAACUCUUCAGUAUGAUCCAAUGCUAACAUUUGAUUAAGAAAAACUAUAUGUCUGCAAGUCAUAAUAAUAUUUAUUUAUAAAACAUGGAUAUUGUUUAGAAGCACAUUAAUAGAGUAAGUAUAUACCUACAUAAUAUAUGAAUUCCCUUUUAUGUUUGGCGUAAGAUGUAAGUAUGUUAAAUAUUAGCAUUUCUUUAAGAGCAUGUUUUUGUUAUUUUAUGUAAACUUAAUAUAAUAAUGUGUUACAUUUUAAGCAAAACCAAAAGUGUUAAGUAAUAGGUCCAAGUUGUAAUAAAAAUAAAGCCA